UGACUCAGCUGUACUAUUUUAACAACACUCUACUUGGUCAGAGUUUUCACACCUUUUUAUCUGAAGCUGAUCACUGAGAGAAGUCAUUUCAGGCUGCUCAGUGUAGGAUGUGCAUGUCUGUUAUUGAAUAAAGUAGAGAGGUUUGUCUGGAAGCUGCUGACUGGGUCAACGGAGGCUGAACACUGAGGAGACAUGGAAGCUGCGGUUGGACUGUUGCUGAUGCUACUCGGAGUCUCUCACGGUGUGGAAACCUACUGUGAUGGCAGACAGGAUGGAGCUCAGUGUUAUGGAGCUUUGGGAGGAACUGUGCUCCUCCAGCUGAUGGACAGCACCUCAAAGAUAUUUAGAUACCAAUUGUUUAAAAACACAACAAUAAUACUGCAUUGGAGAAAUAACAUGUUUCUGUCUAAUCUGAUAGAAAACAGAUCCUCAUUUACUCCCAGUAAUGGAACAUUUAGGAUCAACAACCUGAUCAGGACUGAUGGUGGUGAAUAUACUCUUACAAACUUUGAUUCAAAUGCACAGAAAUCAGAGCCGCGGACUCUACAGUUAACCAUUCAAGCUCCUGUGUCCUCUGUCCUGCUGGUCUCUGAGUGUCUGUCCCAGGGAGAGAUGAGGGUGUCCUGCUCCUCUGAGGGAGGGGACAGUCCUCAGUACAGCUGGACUCUGGAUGGACACACACUGACAGACGCUCAGCUCCUCUCUGGAAAUAAUGAGACUAACAGCAUCACUCUGAAACAAGACGUUAUCUACCUGUGGCUUCAUAUUCAAUAACUGCACCUUAUCCAAUGGAACACACAUAUCACAGUGGGUUAAAGCCAAUAACAGCCUGUGUAUUGAGCCAACAAAAGCCCCUACCACGAUUACUACUGAGGGUAAGGAGAGUGGCAUCACAGUGUCAAUUAAACCCUCCACUCACAUCACACCCUCCAAUCAAACUGUUGCUUCCUCCAGCAGAGAUGACCCAUGGUAUAUGAGUAAGUGAAAACUAACUCUCCUGUCACAGCAGUAACUUGACAUGUGUCUCUGUAUCUGAACAGAUCGCUCUCUGCUCAUAUGUGGUGUGCGAGCAGCUGUGGUGAUUCUUAUAUUAAUUGGGAUUGCCGUCUGUUUUGCUUGGAAGAAAAAGAAGAUAGCUGAAGGCUCUGCCGUCCCUCGAAAGAUGGAAUAUCAAGAGAACUCUGUUGUGAUGGUUGAAAUGAGAAGUUCUGCAUCUCAACUUUAACUUUCUGAAACCGACACCUUAGUGUCGCCUCUCACCUGCUGUGAUUGGCCAUGUGUCUUUAUGGAUGUAAAAAUUGGGUUUAGAGUGGAAAUUCUCAUCUGUUUUUAUUCUUCUCAGAUUCACUUCUUAGCAGCUCACUAUGAAUAUCUUCCUAUAAAAAAGGUGUGUGAGUGUUUUCUGCUUUUGUGUCACUGUGGAAGCUCUGAUAGAACUAUGGUUAUGUAUUGUAACUCUAGUUCUAUGAUCACAAGUGGAGCCGUCUGACUCUUUUCACUCGGUCACUUCACCAGUUGUUGACUUGGUGAACGUGGGGUCAGAGUUUCCUUUACAUAGAGUGAAUUCAAGUGGAAAGACUGUCUUGUUGUAAAGGUUUCAGUGCACCGCUGCCUUUGGAGAGUGAAAAAGCACCCAGAGGCCCACAGCUCCACAGCACAGUUUAUCCUAAAGCAAAAUGUGAUGUUGUGAAUAAAGCUAAUAUUUUCAGAUAGUGCAACUCAUUUUGAUGUCAUUUGAAAAUGAUUGUACUGUAUAUUUCCCCAUCAUCGCUGUCCAGUGAAAACAAUGUAUCUCCAAAUGUGGUGGUUUUGAAUUUUUCAGAUAAAAUGAAGGAUUAAGCGUUUCUUUAUGGGCUGAGCACAUUCUCCCAUUCUUCAGGUAAAUCAGCCAUUUUAAAACACACUGGAUUAUCUGAAAAAUGAUUGUCACAAAACUGGAAACAGGAAUAUUUUUCUGAAAAGAGAAAAGUUGAUGUUUUGGAGAGGAAUUGUUUUUACUUUUGUAUCAGUACUUGACUUUGUGGGUGUAUAUUAAAUGGUGAUUUUGCAUUCAAACUGUACACCAUAACAAUUAUGGGUAUAUUCACAUAUAUGAUUAAGGUGUUUAACUGUUGACUUAUGUAAAUAAUAGUUCUGUGUUUUUCUCAUCUGAUUAUAAUUACAAAUAUAUGUAUGUUUUGCUUCCAUGUUUACAAAGAGCAAUAAUGUAAAACCUUUGAAAGCAUUUAAUAGCAAAAGCUUUAAUUUAGUUGCUUUCUAGUGUUGUUAUGUAUUCAAAACCUGUCAAUCAAUCAGUCAUGUGUCAUCAGUCGUUUCGGUGAGCUGCCUUUUUGUUGCCAUUUUGAUCAUGGACUGUGCCUUUAAUGACUGCUGAGAACUGAAUAAAACUUCCAGACUCAU